AUGACAAUGCCAGGAGGGGAUACUGAUGAUGAUGGUGAUCUCGGCUCUGGCCUGUUGCAGAAUAUAUUGGAGCGAGCUGAUACUGUGGGAUCGGCGCUGGUGAAUGCUCGUGCCAGCUACGAGGAGGCUGGCCGCUGCUUCAAGGGCAAAAAGAUGUCUCGGCUGAUGCAAUUCAAGCCUGGCAAUGAAUCUCGUGACUUCUUCAACAUUGUCAAGCUGCCUCUUGUACCCUCAGAAGUCGAAGUCACUGUCUACGAGGGCUUCGAAGGGGACCGCAAGGAAGUGCAAAUGACAAUUCCGGUGCUGGAUCCACACGAGGUUUUGGAUUACGUGCAGUCUGAGCUUAAGCUUGAAUGCCCAAAGACCCAUGUCAGUGGCUUCUGGAAGCAUCUGCUUGAGAAUGGGAGUGAGUUCGCCAAGUCAUUCCCAGGUGAUCUCCAGCAGAUGACUCCGUUCACCAUUUAUGGGGAUGAGCUGACAUUGGGGAAGGAUCCUAAGGACAAGGUCACUGGGAUUUUUCUUCAAUUGACUUUGUUCAGGCCGAAGCAAGCUCGGCUGGGCAUUUGGCUUCUUGCAGCUAUCCAGGACUCUACGAUGGUGCACGAUCAGCUGAAAACACUGACGCCUAUCUUGGAGCACAUCGUCUGGAGCUGCAAUCAGGCGUGCAUCGGCUCAUAUCCAACGGUGUCGAGAACGGGCUCUGCUUUGACUGGUGUGAAAGCCAAGAAGGCAGGCCAAAAGUUUUCAGGCGACGCUCGCUGGGUAUGUGCUGAGCUACGGGGGGACUGGAAGUGGCAUGAGCGCACUCUGCGACUGCUGCGGACCCCGACUUCAAAGAAGUGCUGCUUCUUGUGUGAUGGCGAAGCAAGUGAUGGUCCAAACAGAUAUUAUGAUCUAGAGGACAGUGCGGGCUGGCGAACCACACACCUGGAUACAGCUGCUUUCUUGCGAAAAGCCCUUCGCCCUGGACCGAGGAGUAUCCUGGCUAUUAUUUUAUGUUGCAAAGCUUGCAAGUUCAAACUGAUUCCGAUCCGAACCCUCGAGGGGAACUCAAACCCAAACCACACCGGCCCAACUAAAGGCCCUUUCACGCUGCUGACGGGCUUCGAUAUCUCCAUGGUGAAGUUCUGCAGCAUGCACGUCUGCAAUCUGGGCUUGGUGCACACAGCGAGUGGUGGGGCACUGUUCCAAGUCUCAAUAUGGUAA